GAAAAAGGGAAACAAGUAUGGGAGUUUUUGAACGAUACUGGAACUGGACUCAAGGAGAGAUUGUAAUGUAAUUAUAAAAUUAAACUGAAGAUGGCAGUAUUGCAACACAGACGGAUGACAGAUGCCGUAAAACUGAAGAGAAGAAGAAGAAGACAUGCGCAGUGCGUACCACAUACGGGGCUAAUUGCUAAAUGCUAAUACAGCAUGAUAUAACUGUCGCGGUGCAUUUGUCAUAUAUUGUUUGAGGAAGAAGAAUCCCGCAAGAGUCACGCCCGGACCCGCAACAAUGCUCAGGUGUGUGAUGGUCGGUGUCCGUGGAAACUUCCGGACAUGUUCUCGGAUCCACCAGAGGUCCUCCGAGAGUCCACUCAGGAUCCAUUGUGCUCUGCCGGCCCAGGCCAGGUUUUUGUCUCAAGGUCAGAGGUCGUCGGCCCAGGUCAAGUUGAGGACGCGUAUGGCGGUGACGCUGCUUUUUGGCGGCGGGCUGCUGGCGGCGUGGGCCUACGUCCACGCGGAGAAGCGGCAGAGUGACAGGAGGCAGCGUCUAGACCAGCUGCGCCAGGUGGCUCUGGGUCAGGGGAACUUCAGCCUCCUGGACCAAGACGGGCGGCGCCGCACCAAGCGCGACUUCUCGGGCCGCUGGGUGCUGCUCUACUUCGGCUUCACGCACUGUCCCGACAUCUGCCCGGACGAACUGGACAAGAUGAGCGCCGUCGUGGACGCUCUGGACCGGGACUCGUCUCUACCGUCUGUCCAGCCCGUCUUCGUCACCGUGGACCCGGAGCGCGACGACGUGGCGGCGCUGGCGCGCUACGUCCAAGACUUCCACCCUCGCCUGGUGGGUCUCACCGGCACCGCCCAGGAGGUGAAGGACGCGGGCCGGGACUACCGGGUGUACGCCAGCGCCGGCCCCAAGGACGACGACGGGGACUACAUCGUGGACCAUACCAUUCUCAUCUACCUGCUGAGUCCCGAUGGCCUCUUUGUGGACUAUUAUAACCGCAUGAAGACCCAGGAGCAGAUCACGGAGAGUGUGCGGAACCACAUCAAGAACCACCACUUGCUUUUUUCUGAUGCAUGACCGUGUGCAAUGAAUUUGUUUGUUGCGUUUCGCUUGAUUGUAAAAUAUGUGGAUGGAGACGGGGUGUGGCGUUCAUAUGUUGUCAAUAUUCAGCGUUUUAUCCUUCAUAGUUAAUAUUGUAAAUACCACAUUCUUUAUUUUCAUGUACAUUCUACACUGCAAAAACUGAAAUCUAAGUAAGAUGAAAUAUCUCAAAUAAGGGUGAUAUUUGCUUAUUUUCUGUCUGAUAAGAUAAUUCUUCUCACUUAGCAGAUUUUAUGUUAGAGUGUUUUACUUGUUUUAGGUGUUUUGGUCCUAAAUGAUUUCAGUAAGAUAUUACAGCUUGUUGCUGAGAUUCGAUGGCCUAUAUUGAGUAAAACAUGCUUGAAACUAGAAUAUCAA